AUGGACCUCGAUCCAAGUACCAGCUUCGAAUGCCCUGUAAAUUACUAUUUAAACGAACAAAGAUGGUAUUGGGGGUCUGUGGACAAGGAGGAACUCAACAAAGCUAUGAGCGUAAGUGAUUUUAGCUCAAAAUUGGGUAGAAAUUUCGGUAAUGCAAUGGAAAUUUAUUUCUUUUAGCAUCAUCCAACAGGAACCUUUGCUGUUCGCGAUUCGUCGACUCCUGGGGAAUAUACUCUGACUGUCCGAGUUGAUGGAACCAAUCGACUGGUAAAAAUUCUGAUAUACGACGAUAGAUGCGGAUUUACUACCCAAAAUCUGGAUUUUACAAGUGUAGUUGAGCUCAUUGAAUACUAUCGACAUCGGAGUUUAGAAGAUUAUAAUCCAACAUUGAAGACAUCCCUGAGAUUUCCAUUAGAGAAACCAGGUUCAGAGGAUCAAGAAAAGGAAGAAAGUUUCGAAAAGGAUGAAGAAGAAGACCCAUUGGUACCUUACAGAGUCCUUCAGAUGUUUGAUAAGUACGAUUCCGAGGUAAAGAGGUUUAAUAUAACGCUUACAUCACUCGCUUUGAUGUUAACUAAACAUUAACUUUAGCAUCAAACUCCAGACUAUGAAUUCUAUUCUACUUCAUUCGUAUUGCAACAUUUUAUCGAGCAAAUGGCUGCAGAAGUUGAGAGGUCUCGUCUUCGACUGAUUACAAUUCAGAAUUUAUUGGAACAAAUCGAGGAGAGGUCCGAGAAUUAUAAUAAAAUGAAAAGAGGAUUUGAUAUGGCCGAGAACUUCAUCAAAACCGGCAAGGAGAAGUUCUCGGACUAUCUGAGUACUCUGUCCGACAAGGAGAAGUUGAAAUUGUUUGAGAAGAUGGACACUUUGGAAGAUCGGUAAGGUUUCUCUGGAAUUUUGGUAUCUUUUUUUUAGGUAUGACGUUGUAUGCACAUUGAGGAACGAUACUAUGAGUGGCUUCGAGAAACUGAAAGCAAUUAAAGAAGGCUUGAAUCACGAAGACGAGAUUGUUCAAAAGCAUUUUGACAUCUGGACGAGGUACUUAUAUUGUGAUUGGCAUGUAUAUGUAAAUAUAAAUUGUUAUUUUUAGACGGUUCGACCAUUAUGUUGCUCUCCUCGUGAAUCAUGGGUAUGAUAUGAGUUUUGUUGAUAGAACGACGGAUUUUGUGAAGCAGGUUGUUAAAAGGGAGUCGGCAAUUAUCAUUCAGAAUCUCCUGAAGGUGGAUAUGGUCACAAGUCCGUUCGAUUGGCUGACCCACAAUAACUGUAAAGAAUAUGCUGCUGCCAUAGUAAACCAAUGUAUAAAAGUACGUUCUUUUUCUCUUAAUAGUAUUUUUGAAUGUAGGUUCUUAAGAAACGUGGGACCAAAAAUAUAAAUGGGAUCUUCUUAAUCCGCCCCUCGGCUUCCAAACCGGGAUGUUAUGCGAUGGCCAUCAGUAUGAACGAGAAAGUUUUGAACUGUCUGAUCGAUUAUCGCCCGCCUUCUGAGACGGAACUGACUCCAGGCUACGGGUUUUUCAACACAAAUCUCUUUUACAGCACUCUCACGGACUUCGUUAGAUAUUAUUCUCAAGUAACAUUGAAGGAACACAACCCUCACCUCGCAACUACUUUGAGGAUUCCUGCAUUGAGAUUAGCGGAGCCAAAGAAGCACGGGGGUCAUACUGAAUUAUUCGGAGAAAUCGGGGUAAAAUGGCCGAUUGAUAUUGACUUAGCUGAUUGUAUGUCAGUUAGUGACGGGGAAUAG